AUGGAUAGAGAAGAAUCAGACCUUGGAAGUGUUGCCUCAGACGCAAUAGAAAAUGAAAGGCCUCCCCAAAAUCUACAAGACACAAGAGAAGAUAAAUCACUAGUUCAACAGACUAAUUCGAAGGCCACUGCCGAUUAUAAUGAUCCCGAACAGCGCCCGCCUAUUUUCAAGUCUACCGUCCACGAGAUCUUAAGUUGCGCGUGUUUGACAUUUGCUCCUUGCGCGGCGUCUAUGUCUUCAGCAGCUUACCAGACCAGCUUAACCGCGACCUCCGAACACUUCAGUAUUUCAGGAGGAAAGCUGACAUGGUGCGUCUCGGGGGUCAUGUUGGCGAAUGGUAGCUGCUUACUUUUGAUGGGAAAUAUUGCAGAUGCCUUUGGUCGCAAAAAAGCGUUGUUAUUCGGUUACAUUUCGUUUGCAAUUUUCGCUCUGAUCGGAGGCUUCAUGAAUAACUUUAUUUUGCUCUGUGUCUUCAGAGCAUUACAAGGUGCAGCAGUUGCUUGUGGAACACCGGCAGCUGCAGGAUUUCUUGGUGCGUCGUACAAGGAUUCACGGCGGAAAAACUUGGUUUUAAGUUGUUUCAGUAUUGGAGCACCCAUAGGAGGUGCAUCAGGAUAUUUCAUUGCAGGAGUUUGUGUUUCUCUUUUGAACUGGCGCUCAGUUCAUUAUUUUCUUGCAAUACUCUACUGUAUAACUAGUGUGGGAGUGUUCUUGUUCUUGCCUAAUGACAAGAUAAUCGAUUGGAAGCAUGCUAAGAAGAUCUUCAGGGGUCUGGAUUACGUAGGUGCUUUCAUGUCUUUAUCAGGAUUCACUUUGAUUUGUUUCUCAUUGACACAGGUGGAUGCGACUGAACGAAGAUGGCGAACUCCCUAUAUCAUCGCCCUGUUAGUUGUUGGACUUGUCCUCGUGGUAGGAUUUGGUUUCUACGAGACGUAUGUGCCAAAGAAUCCACUUAUUCCGAUGAAGAUGUUCAGGAGCAAGAAUUUUGUUUUGUGCAUUUGCAUUGCAAGUCUGAGUUGGAUGAUAUUCUUUGGCCUUUUCAACUAUAACGCUGUUCUAUAUUUUGAACAGAUACGAAAGUACUCGGUCAUUAUCACAGCUUGCUGUUUCCUUCCACAGCCAAUAGCUGGCUCUUUAGUCAGUUUGUUUGCUGGCUUCACCAUGCAUAUCAUUCCAGGAAAAUAUUUGGUUACAAUAGGAUGUGGUGGUUUCAUUGUUUCCAGUAUUAUUUGGGCUACUAACAGUAUUCAUAGGAAUUAUUUUCUGGGGCCUUUUUGGUCAUUUUGUGUCACAGUGUUGGGCGUGGAUUUUGUGUACAAUGUUGCAAACCGCUGCUCCCUAUCCUCAGUUGAGCGCACACUACAAAGCCAAGCAGCCGGUACUUUUAAUACUGUGAUCCAAUUGAGCUCUUCCGUGGGGUUGGGAAUUUCCACCACUAUUUUGGCUUCCAAGGAUCCGUACUAUGGGCAAGCCAGCCAGGCUGAGCACCUUGAAGAACUUUUCAAUGGAAUGAAAUACUGCUACUACGUGGGGAUUGCCUUUUCAGGCUUGGCGUUUAUUUUGAGUUUAUUCCUCAAUAUCGGAGUUGUGGGAAGUGUCAAACGAUAA